AUGAACUCGACCUGCCCUCCAGUAGCAAGGCUCAAGAAGAAGCGACGUACUCCUACGAAACAUCCUCAAAAUAUUUUACUUACGAACGGGAGAUUUCCUGUUACGUUGGAUUUAGCCCGACAGCUCAAGAAAUGCGGACAUACCGUCUAUGUCGUUGAUUGCAUGCACUACCAUGUCGCCAAAUUCAGCAACGUCGUUCGUCAGUCCUUUCGAGCUCCAGCUCCUCGUGACGACGAAACAGGCUAUCGAAAAGCUGUUAGCGAGAUCAUUCGCAAACAUAACAUACACUUAAUUAUCCCCAUGCACGAGGAAAUCAUACAUCUAGCGGGGUCCAAUGACGUCGAGAUCAUAAAACGACUACUAUCACCACCGAAGCACAUUAUCCUACGGUUACAUAACAAAUGGGAAUUUUCACAGUGGAUGGAGAAACUAGGGUUGGGAGUACCGAGACAUUAUCUCUGCGAAAGCAUAGAGGAUGUCAAGAAUCUACCGAAUUUGGAUAAAAUCGAAUACGCGUUAAAACCAGUAUUCGGAAGAGCUUCGCAGUCGGUAUAUCAUUUGAAACCUGAUAAGGACUUGCCGUUGGACAAAUUGGAUAUGAAAAAGAAGUGGGUUGCACAAGAGUGGAUUUAUGGGGAAAGAUAUUGUUCGUAUUCGGUCAUCAGGGAUGGCGUUGUAGCUGCUUUUUCGUUAUACAAGGUUUUGGAGACUAUAGAUGGGAGUUCAUGUGUUUAUUUCAAGAGCGUGGAGCAUAGAGGGAUAUAUGAUUAUGUUACUAACGUUGCGACGGAGCUUAGGCUUGAAGGUAUCCCACCUGUUACCGCUCCUUUUUUUACCCAAUCAUCUAAUCUGGUCAACCGUUGCGUAGGGAUUAAAGGAGUUUUUCAACUAGCAUUCGAUUUUGUUGAAGAGCUUCGUUUGGAAACUAAAGACACUGCGGAAGAGCCAAAGCCAGGCGACACGCGGCUGGUAUCAAUUGAAUGCAACCCGAGGAGUACAUCAGGAAUCCACCUCUUCGCAGGCAAAACAGACCUCGCGCUCUGUUUAACAGAUGAUAACCCUAGAACGGUGGUAGCGCAUCCUAAAGCCAAACGACAAGUAUUUCCCGGCAUGAUGAUGUGGGAACAUUCGGAUGCAAGUGUAAAGCAGUGGCUUCGGCAUAUGGGAAGAUUGAUGGGGAGCAAAGAUGUUGUGUUCUCCGCAAAGGACUUGCUGCCGACGUUGAUGCAGCCGUUUCUGUUGACAUCGUAUUAUGAAAUUUGUCGUGAGAAGAAGUUGAAGUUGCCGGAUAUGUUCCAAUUAGAUGUUACUUGGGAGCCUGGUAGUGAGGAACUCAAGGAGGUUUAUCAAUUGUCAAGAGAGGAUAGGAAGGGUUGGGGGCAUAGAAGGUAA